AUGGCAAAGAAAGAUGCCAUUCUCGACCUUGACUAUGAAAAUCUCCUCUUUGUCGAUCUGGACGGCAGGCCUAUUAACGGACGGACAUGCAACACCAUCUACAAGGAUGGCGACCCACGCGCAGAAGUGCGUAUUAUUUUGGACGAGCAUGGUAAUGUUGUUGAUAUGUAUAUGGUCGACCAAGGUGCAGGGUCGUGGACGAGGGAACUAAUUAAAAGCUCUGAUCCGGACAGGGUGACUGUUGAUCCCACCACUUUCACUAUUACGACGGGUGGUCCGGCAGGCAGCGAGUCCCGACCUACGCAUGCGCUCACUGCGAGUACGACUGGGUCUGAGACAAGAUCGGCAGGCGUUUUGAGCACGGUGACUCCCGCGCCGUAUGUGCACCCUUAUUGA